AUGAGUCAUACGACUACAUAUGAUCAGCGUGUAAUGCAAUCUCGCGUCAUGUUAUUCUUUAUUGUCAUUCUCAACGUCUUAGUUUUAGUUAAAACACAGACAUGUCAAGGAUUGACUCAAUAUUCUCAGUGUUCAUCAAAUCCCGGUUGCAGAUGUCUAAAACUACCGGGUGAUACCAAUGCAGGCAAAUGCAGUUUUCUUCAUGUCAGAUGUUCAGAACUAAGUUCGUGUUUUGGUAAAAACCAAGCAUGUCUUCAACCUGAUCAUGUAUGUGUUCAACAUCCACAAUGUCAAGUACAUCCUCUAUGCUAUCCAAUAAGCAUGACUACAAAUACCAUGUGUCCACCAAUACAAGAAAUAACAACAGCAACAACUCCAACUUCAGAUGGAAUCUGUGAAAAGGCAGUAUGGUCACGGGAUGGAAUAACUGUUGCUGGCGGAAAUGGAAUUGGUGGUGAAUUAAAUCAACUUGACUUUGCCAGCGGGUUGUUUAUUAAUGAAGAUGAUAGUUCAGUCUAUGUUGCCGAUCAAGCAAAUCAGCGAGUGAUAAAAUGGGACUCAUCAUCUAAAAAUGGUGUGGUUGUAGCCGAUGUAAAGGGCACUGACGAUGGUAUCUUUAAUCCCGUUGAUCUUGCUAUUGAUAAGAAUGGAACAAUGUUCAUUUGUGAUUAUGGAGAUCGCCGAGUGAUCCGAUGGCCUCUAGGUGUUUCGAAGGGAGAGAUAUAUAUUUCAAAUAUUUCUUGUGCUGGCUUGAUGAUUGACAGUGAUCAAUUUUUGUAUGUUACUGAUUUUGGUGAACAUCGUGUUAGUCGGUGGCAUAUUGGAACGAAUACCAGUGAAAAAAUUGUAGCCGGUGGACAUGGACGGGGCUCAGAUUUGGACCAGCUCAAUUCGCCCUACUAUUCGUUUAUUGAUAAAGAUCGAUCCGUAUAUAUAGCCGAUCAUCUCAAUAACCGAAUCAUGAAAUGGAUCGAUAAUGCACAAGAAGGUAUUCUGAUUGCUGGUGGGAAUGAGUCAGAUAGUGAACUCGAUCAGUUAUCAUUUCCUACUUCACUUGUUGUUGAUCAAAUGGGCUCUAUUUACGUGACUGAUACUGUGAAUAAUCGGGUGAUGCGUUAUUUAAAAGGAAAGAAAGAGGGCAUAGUUAUUAUGGGAGGCGGUGAAUCAGGCGAUAAAUCUAAUCAACUUAGUGAACCAUUUGAUUUGUCAUUUGACCGAACCGGUAACUUGUAUGUAGCUGAUAUGUCGAACUAUCGUAUUCAAAUGUUUAAAAUUGAUAAAUCUGCAUGUGAGAAAUUUCAUUAUUAA